GCCCCCUUGGACAUGUUCCUUCCAAGAGCCUUCGCGUUAAUCCCGCGGCCAUCAUCUUGAUUUGGUCCCUUGCUUCCGUCUCCUCUCUAGCUAGCUUGCUCUAUAUAACAAGAGCCACCCUGCACCAUCUCUCUUCUCACAUCUGAAUAAACAGAAGCAGCUGUCAGGAAGACAUAUUUUCAACAGAUUCAGAGAAAGAGCUAGCAUAUAGAGAGGUAAAGAGCGAGAGAGCUACGGAGAGGAUUAUCAACCUACAGCUAGAGCUUCCAUGGAGAGAGUUGCAUCAAGCUGUGUCAGCCUCCUAGCACAAAGGAGGGCCUACUCUGUGGCCGCGGCCAUGGCGAAGGGAGUCGCACGGAGGGGCGCCGACGAGAAGAAGGCGGCGGCGGCGGCGGUGACCAAGCGCGUGAUGGGCAAGAAGGAAGUGAACACCGCAGCCGCUGCUGCGGCGGAGGAGAAGAAGGCGUGGGUGCCGGACCCUGUGACCGGCUACUAUCGCCCAGCAGGUAGCGCUGCCAAGGAGGUGGACGCCGCGGAGCUGCGCGCCAAGCUGCUCACGGAGGCUGCGGCCAACUGAUUAAUCACACGGUUACCUUGUCGAGCUCGAGCAUGCAUGAGUUGGCUGUCCACCACUCCACCUAGCUUCUCUUGCUUUAAGAUCCGCGCUCGUUGAUCGCGGGGCUCCUUGGCCUAGAGCAUGAGGGUGCUCUAUACCUGUUCUCUGCAGCAUCUAUUAGUAUAGUAUCGUCAGGAAGUGCUCCGCCCCGUGUCUUCUUUUUAAGAAAGAAGAAGAAGAAGGAGAAGAAGGAAAAAGUUCCCGGCUUCUACUACAGCCAUACACGUCCAAACCUUACUAUAUGUAUUUUAUGCUCAAUCGCUGAUUAUCUGCACAUCAUCAUCAUAUCAUAUAUCUGAAUGAUACAUAUAUAAUAAGCAUUUCCUUCUUGUCUAGCCACCACCUUCUUGGCUAUAUAGUCCAGAAGGACAGAACAAAACAUUGCAAGGUUCAUGAUGGUUAAUUUCAGUUUUGGUUUUUGUUUCAUAGCC